AUGUUCAAGGUCCCAACCCUCCUCAUACUCCUCAUUACCUGCGCCCACACGCUGUGUGCCGAUCUCCGGGAGAUCUACAGAUUUCCCAAUGGAACAUGGAUCGAAAACAUCGCAGUCCGACCAAAUGGCAACCUCCUCGUCACGCUUAUCAACACACCAGAGCUCUGGCAAAUUAACCCUUCUACUCCAUCUGGCCAUGCUUCCGCACGCCUAGUGCACCACUUCGAGGAGGCAAAACAAAUGAACGGAAUUGCCGAGUUAGAACCGGAUACAUACGCCGUUAUUGCUUCCCAUUCUGUCUGGACGAUUCACCUCGGUGCACAGGGCAAUGCGUCCAAUCCAGAGCAUAUUGCGGAAUUCCCCGACGGGCUUCUGAAUGGGAUGGCUGCAUUGGAUGGAGGGAGAUCUGUUGCCAUUUCGGAUUCCGUGCGCGGUCUCAUUUACCGUCUUGAUAUCCUUACUGGUGAGUAUACGGUUAUACACCAAGAUGAGACAAUGGCUCCGGCGGAUUAUCUGGGUUUGAAGCUUGGGGUCAAUGGUCUGAGGGUUGUGCGCGAUUAUCUGUACUACAGCAACACGCCCAAGCGGCUUUUCUGUCGUGUUCGUAUUGACCUGCGUGCUGGCCAGGCAAAUGGUCCGUAUGAGGUUAUCACUGGUGGAGUACUUUCUGAUGAUUUUGCUGUUGGGCCUGGUGAUAUUGGGUACUUGGCUGGGGCUGCGGAUAAUGUCGUUACGAGAGUUCUGCCUGAUGGAUCUCAUGGUGUUAUUGCUGGCUCGAAAGAUUCGACGGUGUUGAUGACUGCUACGUCUGCGGCUUUUGGGAGGGCGAGGGAUGAUCAUGGGGUUCUUUAUGUUACUACUGGCGGGGAUUCGAAGCUUCCUGUUAAUAACACUGCUACUAAAGGGGGAAAGGUGAUGGCUCUUGCUGUUCACUUUUAG